CAAACAGCCGCAGGCAGCUGUGGUGGGCGGCUCCGCGGGCAGUUUGGAGGACGCAGCUGUCAGCAGCUGCCUGGCAGGUGCGCCGCAGUGGUGCCUCUGCCGCUGCUGCCUGCACGCGCGGAACGGAACAGCACAGCACAGCGCGCGCGGUCCAGCUGCGACGCAAGCCCGGUGUCCGGAAGCGCCGAGGCCGACGCACACAUCCCGGAAACUCACCUCUACGUACCUGCGAACACGCGCACCGUCAGAAGUUGCUUUUUCCAGAGCAGUUCGACCGGAUCGGUGUUGCCAUUCAGACACACACCGCAUGGUGGCCACCAAAACUGUGAAUUGCUCGCCUCACGUGCUCCUUGGACCACGCCAGUGGUCCUUUAUGUGCUCUUGGCCACAGUUAUUGGGCAAAUGUUAUCCUAUUACGAAGUUACUGCAGGGCUGGCCCAGACAAUGGACAGAAAUGGUGUUCAAAAUCCCUCUAAAUUGACUUGGUGCUCCAAUGGUGGAAACAUUAGGGAAUGGAUUUAAACAAGAACAUAGAAUUACCAUGAUGCUACAAGUUACCAAUAACUGAUCUUAUUUAUUUGCUAUUUCAAAAUUCCUUAUUUUUAGUGCAUUGAGAAAUAAGUGUACAAACAACCCGCUUCGUUAUGGUGACUCCACCAUCAGAGGAAACACCUACAGAUGCAUCACACCAGAAACGGUUGUCAGUGGAUUUGUCAUUGCCAGCCCGUUGCCAUGGUGUAGAUAUUGCUUUCGAUGUGAGAGAAAUAAUUCCUCGUGACAAACUAAAACAGGAAUUUAAUGGUAAACUGGCUCAAUAUGGCAACUUUCCAGAUUUCAAAAACGAUUGUAGAAAUUCUUACCCAUCUCAAGUGUCAGAUACAUCUCCAAUCUUGGAGCCCAUCUCCACCAUUUCGUUACACACUGACCAGAAAGCAAUCAGUGACGUAGCAAAUUGUGCUGUUAAAUUUGAAGAAGGUACAAAAACAUCAGCAGACAAAAAUUCAGAAAAGGAUAGCAUCUGCAGCAGUAGCCCCUCCAGCAAGGAUCAUUCAGAGAAGACCAAAGUGCCGGAUGGAGGUUGGGGCUGGGUGGUUGUGAUUGCAUCACUUGUCAUCAGCAUGAUUGCUGAUGGUGUAAGUUUCUCCUUUGGGUUAUUAUUCAUACAGUUGCUGGAUCAUUUUGGUGAGAGCAAGAGCAAAACAUCUUGGAUUGGAAGUCUGUUCAUGGCAGUCCCACUUUUAUCUGGACCGGUUGGAAGUGCUUUGGUAGACAGGUAUGGCUGCCGUUGGAUGACCAUUAUAGGAGGCAUUGUUUCUGGCAUAGGUCUUACAUUGAGUGCGUUUGCUGAUUCUGUGGAAAUGUUGUACAUUACAUUUGGUCUGAUUGCUGGCUUGGGAUUAGGACUGUGUUACGUGACAGCAAUUGUUAGCAUUGCUUACUGGUUUGAUAAGAAGAGGACUUUGGCGACUGGUCUGGGCUCAUGUGGCACUGGAAUUGGUACCUUCAUCUAUGCACCAAUGACGACUUACUUUAUUGAAGAGUAUGGAUGGCGUGGGACGACGUUGCUCCUAGCUGGUACAUUCUUCAACAUGUGUGUAUGUGGAGCACUGAUGCGUGAUCCAGAUUGGUUGGUGCUUGAGCAGAGAAAGCAAGCCACAAGCCACUUGUACAAAUCUGGACGAGCAUCUUCAAGUUGUGCCUCUGUAUCUGGCCGAUCAGAUAAUGCUGGUGACUUCCCGGGUGUAGAUGGGAUCCGCAAAAUGCUCUCAAGUGGCCAUUCGCCAGAAUAUGUGCUGACGACAUUAGCUGCUAAUUUGCAGGACACAGACUUACCCCCAGGAGAAUCGGAGGUGGAUGGUACAAAAACUCCAGCUUAUAGUUCAGUUGUAAAUCUCCCCACAUUCAUUCAUAGAAGUGAGAAGGUUCCACUGGAAGUGCUGGAAUCACUCUGCACUAAGAGGAGAGUGUUCAGUGUAAUAAUGGAAAAUUAUCCAAGCCUACUUUCGUGCAGAAGUAUGUCAGAUAAAGGUAUCAACAAGCUUCCUGUAACAUCACACUCAGUUUCUCACCGUAUCCCAGUGUCAAUGGAGGUGCACAUUCCCAAGAAAGAAGAAUUAAUUCCAGCUUGCGAGUACGAAGGAAACGAUGCAGAAAAACCUACUCAGCAGGCUACAUCACCACUGCUGCCUAAUGGAGGAGUGACACAGCCAAUAAAUAUAAUUCCACUGGCUACAGGGCCAUCAAACUACCUGAAAGGCAUCCGUAUGCACAGGAAUUCUGUAAUGUACAGAGGUGCCAUGUUGAAAAUACACAAGUAUCGGUUGAGAGCGUCGUCCUGCCCUGAUAUCUAUCGUAACUCUAUGACCACCAUAGCAAAGGAAACAGAGGAGAAAUGGUAUUCUGAUAUACUGGACCUUUUGAGGGACAUUGUGGACUUCUCAAUGUUCUUGGAACUGCAUUUCCUAUUUACAUCACUUUCAACUAUCCUGCUUUUUACAUGGUUUAUCGUCCCAUACUUCUAUUUGGCUGAUUACAUGAUGCUCUAUGGAUACACUGAAAAUGAAGCAUCACUUCUGCUCAGUAUUAUUGGCCUCACUAACUGCAUUGGAAUGAUUGCUCUUGGAUGGGCUGGUGACAAACCCUGGGUGAAUGUAACCAAGUCAUAUGCUUUGUGCUUAGUGAUGUGUGGUGUGGCAACUGGAUUAAUGCCACUAGUCAUUACUUCAUACUGGAUGUUGGCAUUACUUUCAGCUCUAUUUGGUUUAUUUUUUGCAUCUUCAUUUUCAUUUACUCCAGCCAUUUUGGUGCAGCUAAUACCUCUUGACCGUUUCACAACAGCAUAUGGACUGAUGCUGCUUUGUGAAGGAAUUGGAAAUCUUCUUGGCCCACCAUUAGGAGGUUUGGUUUUUGAUCUGACUGGUUAUUGGGAUCUUUCCUUCUACUUAGCUGGUGUUUGGAUUGUUUUAUCAGGCAUUCUCAUUGCCCUGAUACCCAUAACGAAGAAUCAAGUUAUAUGUGGCAAAGGAACACUUGAAUUGGAAAAAGAACAAGAUCAGGACUCUGUUGAUGUACCAUAAAACUUCUUAAGGAAAAAAAAAUCAUUUUCAUCGAAAAUGAGCUAUCUUGAUUCAUGUUUGAGGCACAUAAGAACCUCAGCGUCCUGUAAUACUCUUAUUAGGUUGUGACACCAAUCUAAAAAAAAGCUGUUGGGUAAAUGUUAUGUAUGUGAAACUUGUUUGUUGCAACUGUAAUAAAUAGCUUUAAUCUCUUCAGUGACUGACGACCUAAUGAUAAACUGGCUUAAUAUACACAAUUUCCAUCAGAGGAACUUCACUUUAAUAGAUUUUCACAGCCUGAUUAUCAGUAGGGAAUAACGCUAAAUAGGUUAUGUUCAAUUAUUAAUUGUAUAUUUGUGUAUAAUGUUUGUCUUAUAAUAAGCACAAUCAAUAUGAACAGAGACUGACCAUAACUGGAGAGGUUCUUACUGGAUUUGAUAGUAUUUCGUUUCUCUUAAGGAUAAGAACACUUACAACCACGUUUAUGAUUGCAGAGCUCCAGGAUUGUCAAAAUAGCUAUUUUGUAGCCAAUAAGUUAGUGUAAAGUGUCAGAGGUUGAUGUUCACAAGAGGAUAACUUGCUAACAGCUCUGAUUAUAAUAUGCAGUUAUGGUCUGGGCAACACCAAAACACCGACAGUAAUUUAGUAGUGACAACACAAAUUCUUUGAAUCAUUUUAGUAUUUGAAAUCAUAAUCACAGAAAUAAAAACAAAAUCUUUUGACAUACCGUGUCUAGUUGAGUAGAAUGUAUUGGAUAUUAUUGUGUUCAUACAACAUGUGAAACACAUUUGACAAUUAUACAGAGUGUCUUAAACAGAUUGAGGCUAUGCUCUUAUAAAUGCAGGUAGCAUUAAUAUUAAUCCUUUAAAUUGCUUGCCUAUAAUUAAAAAAUUAAUAUGCUCCUUCUUUUUACAAAGAAAGAAUUAUAGAAGCUCCUGAACUUUUUGUGAAUGUUGUAGUUGCGCAAUUAAGUGGAAAAAAUUCGUAGCAGAUCUACUUCUCUCCUACACACAUUCUUAGCUUUGCAUAGCAUAACAGUUAUUGCUCCAAGUUUGACAGUUAUUUUAUUUUCAUUGAUAAAAAGUUAUUGUUAUCUAAAUUAGUUGCACUUAAGUGUUAGAUAUGAGCAGUUAAAGUUAAAAUGAUCUGAGUGAGGAACAAUUCCAUAAAUUCCCCAGAAAAUGUGUGCAAGCCUUAAAUAAAAGGAGUGACUUCCUUAAUUGGUUUAAUUACAUAUACAGUUGUCACACCAUAACCUACCGGAAUCAGUUUUCUAUUCUAUGACUACUUAUACCACAUAUAUGUGAAUAAUAUAUUUCACCAAAUUAUCUGCGCACCCAAAUUUCAAGGGGGGGGAGAGACUGGUUUUAAUUUGUCUUUGUUUAUACAUUGUGUAUCUUGCUGUUUAAGUGCAGCUUUGAGUGGCUAAAAUACACACACACACACACACACACACACACACACACACACACACACACACACACAUAUCGAGUUGUUGGAGGAUGGAUGUUAUGCCUCCAGGGGUAAUAACAGCUAAUUUUCCCUUUUUGUAACUUGUCUCGCACUUCCUCAAUUAUGUCUGUAAAAGUUGCCCAGGACUGACAUGGUACAUAAAUUCAGUAACGCUACAAGGUGACAUUGCCAAACAUGGCACCCAGUCAACCGCAAGGUCAUUGUCCAUCCGCCCCUUCAGGGUCACUGUCACCGAUAUGGCUUUCAGUGAUCUUUUUGCAAUAGUUUCUUUUACAUUUUACGUUAGGUGGUAGCUUUCAUCCAUUGCCAGUUACACACAUCACUGUACACCUUUGCCACUCAUUGCUGCCAGUUCGUAUCAUGACGCUGGAGUCCCCUUGGAUCUGUAGUAACAACUAGCAAUAAUAUAAAGGAAUGUUUGCAGUGAAAAUUUAUCUUUUAGUGAUGAAAAUUCACUACUUUUCCUCCAGUCAUCUGGCAGCUGUUGAGCAAUGGUAGUUUUGCUCUGGAAAAAUCUUGAUAGCAGCUAGCCCUAGCUAACAUUGAAACCGGUGAUGCUUAGUUCUUUGGCUGAAGCCAAUGCUUUGAUUUGGCACCUUUCACUUGUCACUGGGCAUCCACAUUGUCACUUCUCGCCCACAUAAUUGCAGAGCCUUUUUUCGAGGUCCGUAUGCUUUGCUUUUUGGUUGUGAAAUCCCUGGUGAUUACGGUUUGUUGCUUGAAGGCGCAUUUUGUUUUUUCACCAUUCGCAAAUAAAACACUUGCUCACAUCCUACUUUAUUCCCACUGCACUGUUUCCAAUGUUCUCUGCUCCUUCAAUAAUUUCAAGUUUUUUUUUAGCUGUGUAUGAGCAGUAUCGAGAACAUCCAUAAUUAAUUAGUGGUUAAUAUGUCACUUCUAAUGUGCUAUUGAUGUCACAGACUGAGGCCACGACAACACUAUAGUAUAAUGGGAUCUAUUGUUAGAGGUGGACAGUACCAACCUUAUUACAAUUAAUCUACACAACCCAGCAUUUCAUCCGUAAAUUCGGGGUAAAAACGAAGCACAGACUAUUCAUGUCUGUACGGUAUUUGAACUCUUUGAUUUUGUGCUGAGAUUGAUUUCUAGAUUCCUUAUUCUAGUGAACAUAUAGCAGUAAGAGUACAAAGUGUAUUUGGAAUGGGAUGUUGCAUUCAUUUGUCGUAGAUAAUUUUCUGAACGUUUUCCAUUUGAGAAUCCCUAACACAGUACUUGAAAGUCUGCUACAGUUUUUCUAUAAUAUCUUCUGUUUUCAUCAGUGUGGAAGCAAACUAUUCUUUACCCAAGUCUUUUUCGUAUGUAAGGAUGAUUUUUAUCUUAGAAUCAGUAAAAGACUCAUCCUAGGGCUGUGAAGAAAAAUCUGUUAGAACAACCAUUACAGUGGUAGAAAAUUAUUUAUUUCAUUGGACUGUUGUUGCAAUUUGAAAUGCAGCAGCUGCUUCUCAAUUAGUUGGUUUGGCAUUGUUAUACUUUUUCUUUGGUUCUUUUUUACUUAUGGAGAAAAUUUUAAAUUAUCCAUAGAAAAAUAUUUUAAAACAUUGUGUUUGGAAUAUAAUGUGACUUGUGGCUCCCAGUUUUGCAAUAGAAUUGAGAAAGAUGUAAUAGGAUCUGUCUGCUUAAUUGAUUUUUCCCUCCUCUGCAUUUCCGGAAAUGGUUGAUUGUAUUAAAAGUGUGACAUUUAAGACUGUGAGCUAUCAGUGAGUUAUUGAGUUAUCAAGUGAGUUAUUGAGUUAUCAAGACAAUGAAAAUCUCAAAUGCACAUACUCAUCAGUGGAAAUUCACUUGAGAAACUGAAUUAGUGGAAAUAAGAGGUGAAAUGAGCUUCAUGUAUGAUAACAAUAUCUUAAUGUUCAUGAGUAAGGCAUAUGUUGAACAGAAGUAGUAGCUAACUGGUGGCUACUUGUCUCUAAAUUACUGAUGUAGUAAAAUAUGAAUUUAACAAUUGGAUGUCGAUGUUAACCAUUGUGAUUAGAACUUCACAAGUGUAUAGUAAAUGCUGAAGCCACGUCUACAAUAAAUCCUUUUGGAUCUUCUUACUCUGUAACAACAUUUUGAUUUCUUUUCUUAGGACACGAAAUUUGAAGGAUGUAGCAAAGAAUUCUGCAUCUUUGUCAAUCAUCCAGUUGAAAAUUUGCCUCCUGCGUAGGAGGCUUUUAGCAAGUUAGACGUUUCUGGAUGUGAUGUUUCUGGGUGUCCAGUCAUAUACUUCAUUUAACUCAUUUUUGAAUGUCCUGUUGUAAGCAUAAUAAAUUUGUUGUUAACUUUUGCAUACAAUAAUUAUUACACGCCAUGCUGAAUGACAGAAUAGUGGUUUGCAUCCUUGUGGCCUACAACGAACCACCCCAGUAUAUUGAUGCCCUUUUUCUGUGCAGUACAGGUGUAACAAUUUGUACAUACAUAAUUGUACACAAUGACAAUGUAUUCAUUCCAGCCUUUGCUGGAGAUAAUGAAUGUGAAUUUCCACAUCAUUAGAAUUUCAAACUUUCUACAGAAAGUUAUAAUCAUGCAUGAAGUUUCUGAUACAAUUCAUAAGUACUCCUAUUUGACAGGGCAGAUUUUUUUAAACAUCACAUAAUUUUGGACUAAUGAUAAAUGGUAGUAUUGCACAAAAUGAUUUUUUUGAAAUCUGGAGAUGAUCAGAAUUCCUUUAGACUGGUUACUCUCCUUCCUUGUGCUUCUAAAAUUAUUAGUCUGUGGUAGCCUUAAUUUCAGUUUAUUGUGAUCUUAACAGAUUAAUAUAUUAGCAUUUAUACAAGGAAAUUUGUAAUUUUGAUAGCAUAGUUUGUCAAGCUGGUUAUUGAAAGUGCAUGAAGAAGUUCACAGAGAAAGUUUGAUGCUGUAUUGAAGAAAUAGAUCUUGUGCCUUUUCUUGUCUAUAUAGUGUAUUGAUUGAUCUGUCUUCGCCAGUCAUCAUUCACAUUUCAUUGUUAAAAUUAAAAUUAAUGUAUUUACAUAAGCAAAUUGUUGUUUGUAGUAUUCUCAGGACCAUAAUUGUAUUCAUUAGCUUUUUCAUAGUGUCCUCAAUUUAUAUGAAAUGAGACAUUACUUUUACAAAUUUAUUCUCAGAACUGUUCUAAAAUUAUUGCACUCAAAUGUAGUGCUUCGUUGAAUUUUGUAAAGUCUAAACUAAAGCAAUAAUGUUUAUUCUACUAGCUAUAAUUAUUUUUGUGUGUAAUGUCUUUCAUAUGCUGUUAUGGCAUGUGAUACAUAGUGGUAUUAAUUAGGAAAGCUCAGAAAAAGUAAUUACUUUUAAAGAUUUCAUUUGAUUUCCCAACUCUGUUUGAAAUUACACAUGACAUGUACAUAAUCUGUGUCUUUCAAGUGAAGUGCUAUAUCUUUUAAUUGUAUUUAUCUUGCUACAGUUUAUCUCACUUUCACGUUAAGAGUAGAGGAAGAGAGAAAUUGAGAUGAGGAAACCUUCAUGCAUGGAAAUAAGAUUCUCUCUCCCCUACAUUACGGGUUAUCAGACUGUUUAUUUUUGGUAAUCGUGCAGUUAUAUUCUCUGCAUUUGGUUAAUACUGAUCAGAUGCUGUAAAGCCAAAGUGAUAUUAUUUUACAGACGACAUAUUUCUUUAUUUGAUGAAGAGUCAGUGAAGUAUCUAUGAUCAAACAUUAUUACGCCUACUUUGAAAUGUAAAUACAUACUGAAAUUUUGUUCUGAUACAAAAUUCAGCGACUGAAAAUAUUGUGGUUGUAAUAAUUAUAUAUAUCACUGAAAUCAUUUUUUUUUAAUUGUUCAUAUCAUCUGCCGUGUUCCUCUCACUAAGUGUUAGGCAGACUAGGCUGUGAUUGUGAAGUAUUGUUUGGUUUGUUGUAGAAAGUUUCUCUUUAUUUCUGUCAAAGUACAACUUACAUUACCAAAGUCCUGCUCAGUAUUUUAAGUAGAUUCUAUUGAAAGUACUAAUGUAAGUACUCACAAUUUAAAGACUGUAGUAGUAUCAUAAUUAUACAUUUAUUAUUAAUUCAUUUAGUAAAAAAGAAUUUAUCUUGUAAUUUGUUAAACACAAAUUAAAGGGGGCUGUCAAGUUUAUUGGGUGUAAUGUAGUGCCUUUCAAAAUGAAAAUUUUAGAAAUACAGGUUUAUUGUGAGACUGA